AUGAUUCCAGGACGAGAAGUUAUUGAAGAUGAAGAACGGCAGGCAGGUACGAGUGGCGGCGCAGCCAAGCGAGCUUUGGACAGCGGCGGGACGGAGGUGGAUGGGAUGAAGAAGCAGAAGUCGAUACCGAACAUUGCGAACGAGCUGGCGAAGAAUCGGGCGGAGGUGCGGGCACCGAUCAGCAGCAUCAACAAGACGCUGGUGCAGCCGGUAGCUCGGCCGCGGAUGCAUGCGAUACCGCUGUCGUCGCUGCUGUCCCCAAGCGUGGACUACGGGUACCCGAAGCUGUCUCCGAGCCCGCAGUUUCCGGCGCUGUCGCCCACGGUGGUCCCCAAGCUGGAAAGCCCUGCGGAGCAGGUGCUGGGGGCGCCGCACGCUCCGCAGGUGCCUGCGUUCCAGCUGCCUGUGCUCGACAGCGGGGCCAUUGGCGGCGGGGCGCGUGCAGGGGUGGCACCGGCGGCAGAGGCUUCUGUGAACAAUCCAUCAGGCCAGGCGGAGGCUGCGGUCGCCAAUGCGCCCGCGCGCAAGAGCGCACCCCGUAAGAAGAAGGCCGAUGGCGCCGGGGCAGCUGCCAAGAAGAAGGCUGAGGGCAGCAGGCCCGCUGCCAAAAAGGCCAGCAGCAGGCCUGUCAAGAAAGAGGAGCCGGCGGCGGUGCCGUCGGAUGCAUCUGCCGGGGGCGCGGGGACGAAUAAGGUGGUUCUCCCAUCGCAGGAGGGCGGGCAGGCCAAUGAUAGCCCACUGCCGUCGGAUGCGAACACAGAAGACCAGGGGGCGACGCCCUUAAGAGCGAGCCCCCCGGCGAACAAGACGAACAAGUCUCUGAAGCGCACACAGUCGAACCUGAGCUCCGGACAGAAGGCGGGCUCGCAGGAAUCACAGAAGGCGAGAAAGUCUCUUUCCGCGUCUAACCUGGGCAACGGGACGACUUCCACAUCUCCGCCACCCGCUGCUGGUGCCUCGACAGCUCCGGCCUCGAAGAAGGCAUCUGGGACGAGCGGUGCCAAGAAGGAGAGCAAGGGCAAAAGCAAGAGCGCUGCGUCCAAGAAGAAGGAAACGGCCGCGGCAUCUACCACCGUACCAGAUACCAGUUCUGCUGCAGCCAUAGCAUCUCACACUCCCAAAGUACUGGCGCCAGCACAGCCGAUAAAGUCUCCUUCUGUCAUGGAUGUAUUAGACCAAAAGUUCAUAGGAACACAAGCGGCCGAGGAGGAUGAUCCUGUGAUUGUAGUGGACGUUCCUCUAUACCAGGUUGAUACGAAUGACUAUUUGGAUGAAAAUGGUCAGGUAGUAUUCAACUUCUACAACCUCGUGCAUGAAAAGUUUAAUACACAGCAGAAUUCGCAAUCUAGGACUACAAGUAGUGCCACUAAGGAUAGACUAGAGCAAGGCGAUGACAUAGCUAUGGCAGAUGAUGAUGACGAUGACGAUGAAGACGAUGAAGACGAUGACGAUCCAAGCGCUAGCGGAGCCGCAGGUGCGUCGCCUUCUAAAAGCAAAAAGAAGUCCAACCCAAUGAAAGGGAAAAGCAGGGUAGGUAAGUACGACAUUGAAGACCCAUUCAUAGACGACUCUGAACUAUUGUGGGAAGAGCAACGUGCAGCGACGAAAGACGGCUUCUUCGUUUAUUUUGGCCCUCUCAUCCAAAAGGGACAAUAUGCCACGUUUGAAAGAGUAGAUGGUACGAUGAAGAAAGGUGGGGUGAGAAACCCUAGGUAA